AUGGCAAGCCAAUACCCCGAGAACCGCGUCCUGAUUAUCAUGACUGGCGGUACUAUCUGUAUGAGACCAUCGCCUGAAGGUUUGGUGCCGGCAAGGGGGUUUCUGGAAGCUGGCAUGAAGCCAAAUCCGAGCUUUAAUGAUGGAAGUAAACCUGACCCGCUACCUGUUAUGACAGAUGCAAACACCGAGGAAUAUCUCCCCAGUCUCCGAACACCUCUCAGUACAUACUCGAGGCAUGUCCGAUAUACAUCAUUUGAGUUCCCGAUACUUCUAGAUUCGUCCUCCAUCUCCUCGGCAGGAUGGUCUCAGAUUGCGAACACAAUUCGAAACAAUUACUCCCGGUACGACGGAUUCGUCGUCCUGCACGGAACUGACAGCUUGGCGUACACCAGCUCCGCUCUUUCUUUCAUGCUCUCUGAUCUCGGUAAACCAGUCAUUCUCACUGGCUCACAAGCCUCCAUCUUUGCACUACAGUCCGACGCCGUGGACAACCUGCUAGGAUCUCUCAUUAUAGCUGGGACAUUCACGAUUCCAGAAGUAUGUUUGUUCUUCAACGAGGCUUUAUACCGCGGCAACCGCACCACCAAAGUCUCAGCAUCCUCGUUCUCUGCUUUCGCGUCCCCCAACUGCGACCCUUUAGCAAAAAUUUCAGCAAUGGGAGCAGAGGUAAACUGGAACCUGAUCAAACGUCCCACAGCCAUUGCUGGCUUCAAAGUCAUUCCUGACCUCGAUACAGCACACGUAGCGUGCCUUCGUAUCUUCCCAGGCAUCAAACCAGAAAUGAUUGAUGGCGUGUUGCGAGUUCCUGGCCUGCGUGGUCUAAUAUUGGAAACCUUUGGCUCGGGAAAUGCGCCCUCUGGUGAAGACGGCUCUCUGACAUCCAUCAUCAGAGCAGCGGUAAAAAGAGGUAUCGUAAUAGUAAACGUCAGCCAAUGUCAGACUGGUUCUGUAUCUCCUCUUUAUGCACCUGCAACGGUACUGGGAAAUGCAGGUGUGGUAUUUGGGCACGACCUUACGACUGAGGCAGCAUUGACGAAGCUGAGUUUCUUGCUAGCACUGCCGGGGCUAAGCUAUGAAGAGAUCACGAAGCAAAUGCAAAUAUCCCUCCGCGGCGAAAUGACCGAGACUGCAAAACUUCAAUUUUCACAUCCCGCUUCUGGUUUGCCUUCACUUACAGACCAGCAAUCCGUGUUCACGGCUCUGGGCUACGCCAUCGCGGCCGGGAAUCUCGAGUCGGUCAUCCAGCUGUUAAAUGGAGAUCAGUUUGAUUUACUUGGAGCAAAAGACUACGCGGAGAACACGGCUGUACAUCUUGCUGCUGUGGGAACGAACAAUGAUGUGCUGAGAGAAUUGCUGAAGAGAGGCGCUAGUAUUCAUGUGAGGAAUCGCGCGGCUAAUACACCGUUGUUCUUGGCAGGGAAGGUAGGGAAUCAAGAGGCGGUGGGCUUGUUGAGAGAAGCGGGGGCGCAUUUGCAUAUUGAAGAAGUUGAAACAGUUGGGAAGAGAAACCACGAUAUGUAG